ACCGGAAUUGUAACCGAACAGGCCAUCUCCCAAACUACCAAAUGCACAGGUCGUAUACAACAGCGCAGUGCCCUUGAAGGGGUACCUGGCGGUAAUCUUCUUCGGCUUCAACUUCCGCUCCAGCCAUCCUUGCUGCUCCUCGAUUUGAACGGCAACAGCCUGCGAGCGACGCUGAAUAGCGGCGUCAUCUUUUGCGGCACGUGCAGAGGUUGUGCUAUCUGCCAUUUUGUGUGACAAAGACGAAUCAACGAGAUGAGCUGUUGUCAAGACUCUGCUCAGGGGAAUAUGCAAAUCGGACCGGGUCACAGGGCCCUAUUUCUACCCCAGAGACGGUAUCCCGUGGGGAAACUCCGGCUUUUCUCCAAUUUCCAAGGUGACAGCCUUUUUCCUCCAUGUGGGCUCAUCCGUUUGUGUGCCUGUGCUCGAAUGGUUCUGUAUACGCAGGGACAGCCAAUAAUAUUCGUUCUCAGGGCAGGCCGAACCCACUCGGAUCCGGUACCAAAAGUAAAGUGAACCCCCGCAGGCACAUCCGCCGGGACCGUACGGAUCCAUACGGAUCCGAGAGGGGAUAUUGAGUAGACACAGGCACGGUCAUGACUUUCACAGACCCUUGGCAGUAUUAAACCCAGGCGAUAGACAAUGUCGUAAGUGCUGUCUUUUUUUCCCUCUCCAAGCUACACAACCGCGAACAUGGCAAUUACGACACACAGCGAGGUUCGUUCUCCGAGGCAAUUCUGCCGGACAGUCGCUAACUGAGGACCAGUCUUCCAAUCAAGCCUUUGUACUAUAUCCCGGAGGGAAAUUCGGUUUCGAAGCUCGCGAAAUACCUACUCUUCAGUCCGAACGAGAUGUGCUUGUGCGCGUCAUAGCAACCGGACUUUGCGGAUCAGAUGUGAGUCGCUCUCAGCAUCGUUGUGACCAAUGGUUACUAACUUCUUCUUCGAACAGGUGCACUACUGGCAGCACGGACGAAUUGGACGAUACGUCGUCGAGAAACCAAUAAUCCUGGGCCACGAGUCCUCCGGAAUUGUGGUAGAUUGCGGAAGUCAAUCGGGCUUUGCAGUAGGCGAUCGCGUCGCACUCGAGCCCGGCAUCGCGUGCAACACAUGCCGUUACUGCCGUGCUGGUCGGUACAAUCUCUGCAAGGAGAUGCGCUUUGCUGCAACGCCACCUUACGAUGGAACCCUUGCGACAUACUACCGGGUUCCUGCAGAGUGUUGCUACAAGCUGCCACCACAUAUAUCGCUGCGGGAUGGCACGUUGAUCGAACCGCUUAGUGUUGCCGUACAUAGCUGCCGACUCGCCGGCGAUUUGCAAGAAAAAUCUGUAAUUGUUUUUGGAGCUGGUCCGGUUGGUUUACUUUGUGUUGGAGUCGCUCGUGCAUUCGGCGCGUCAACAGUUGUUGUCGUCGACGUCGUACCGAACCGCCUCAAAUAUGCCCAAAAGUACGGCGCUACACACACACAUCUGACGGCCUCUGAGUCCGUGGAGCAAAAUGCAGCGGAUAUACUGGACACAGCAGAACUAGAGCUAGGCGCGGAUAUCGUUCUCGAUGCCACUGGUGCCGAGCCUUGCAUGAACACCGGAAUCCAUGCCCUUGCAUCUGGUGGAACAUUUGUCCAGGUGGGCUUGGGCCGACCAAACCCAUCUCUCCCGGUUGGUCAAAUUUGUGACAAGGAGAUUGUGUUCAAGGGGAGCUUCCGAUAUGGUCCGGGAGACUAUCAGACGGCUGUCGGGUUACUCAGCUCGCGUCGUAUCAGAUUGGACGGUCUUGUUACCCACGAGUUUCCUUUCUCGCGGGCGGAAGAGGCGUUCCAGAAUGUCGCCAGCAGAGCAGGUAUUAAAAGCGUCAUCUACGGGCCUGGCGUAGAUGAGAAGGUAGCCAACGACACAUUAGGAUAAUAUAAAUCUGGGUCCGAAGUCCACACUUCUAUCGAUUGAGACGUGCUAGACGUUCUGGUAAUAUCUGUAGCCGCGACUUGAGCCUAUAAAUGCACGCCAUUCCACGACAUAUCCCAGAGCCAAUACAGCCCACGUUCGCUGUUGGUGUCUGCUGUAUUCUCGAAAGCGCCUUCGGGCAUAUUUGCUGCGUUCCAGUCGAUCUGGGAUUGUGGCCAUUGACCCCGGUUUAUGGAUUCCUGGUCUACGCGGGGAGGUCGGUAAGCGUCUUGGCCGGAAUACCAUUCAAGAGAUUGAUCACCAUCUCCAGAAGGUACAAC